UGUACACUUCCUUUCAAAGCAAUCUCAAACCUACAUUUUUGCCCCAUUCCCCUCCAUCCAUCGCUCUCUAUCCAAUUGCGCUUUGAAAAGUAAAACUGAAGCAUCGAUUUCUGGCAACACAACAUGUCUUUGAAGCACCGAUUCCAAGAAUCACGGCUUCUUUACCUCCGAAAAUGUCAAAAGCAUGGCCUUAGUUCUCCGGCGACGUGAAGAUAUCUCGCUGAUCAAUGGAAUAAAUGUCUUCUUUGCUUGUAUAAACACACUAAUCUUCCACCUUCAACCGUGAAUCAUCAUCCCUAGAUCUCAAUAAAGAUGAAAGUGGAGAAGCUUUUAUCGAAGGUUGACCAGUCGCCGAAAAGGUCGAUGAUUGAUGUGCUUAGGCCGUCGAUGAGGGCGUUGAUUAAAGAUGGUCUUUCAAAACAUUCUGAUGUUGAUGUGAAGGUUGCAGUUGCUUCCUGCAUAAGCGAGAUAACGAGAAUUACAGCUCCUGAUGCACCUUACGAUGAUAACCAAAUGAGGGAUGUAUUUAAGUUAAUUGUUUCUACGUUUGAGAGUUUAGCUGACCAGUCCAGCCGAUCUUGCCAAAAGAGCUUCAAUUCUUGA